CAUAGCACGAUCUACUUUUUUAACAUGGCAAGAUCUACUUUUGAUGAAAUAAAAAUCUUUGAUGACUCGAUGGAUGAUAUGACCAUUAUAAAGAAUAUAAUAAUUAAUAUAGAAGAUCAAGAGCGUGCCUUUUAUAUUACGGAUAUCGGUAAUGUUCUUCGAAAGCAUCAAGAAUGGAUUACUAAGAUGCCUAAGGUCAUCCCAUACUUUGCAAUUAAAUGUAAUCCAGAUCCAACGGUAAUUAAAGUUCUCGCAGCUUUGAAUGUCAGUUUCGAUUGUGCAUCCAAGCAAGAAAUAGAGCAAGUAAUGCGAUAUGGAGUGCAUGGUGAUCGAAUUAUUUUUGCACAUCCGACUAAAUAUCCAUCUCACAUAAAGUAUGCUAAAAAGGUGGGCGUCGAAAUAAUGACGGUUGACAAUGAAAACGAGUUGUUUAAGAUUAAGGAUCUCUUCUCCGAAGCUAAAAUCGUUAUACGUAUACGUUGCGAUGCGAAGAAUAAUAGUAAUACCUCAGUAAUAUUGGGAUUAAAAUUCGGUUCCGAACCGAAUGAGGAAACUAUAAAUUUAAUAAAACUCGCAAAACAUCUCCGUCUGAAUCUGUACGGCUUUAGCUUCCACGUCGGUAGUCCGUGUAGAGAAAUGAAGGCUUACAAAAGGGGAAUCGAAUUGUGCAAACAAUUAAUUAACAUCUCCAAAGCAAUUGGACACGACAAUGUGCAGUUGAUCGACAUCGGCGGUGGAUUUCCCGGAGAGAAUGGGACGAAUGCCGAUAUGUUCGCCAAUAUUAUCAACGAUGCGAUACAAGAUCUCGAUCCUAGCAUAAGAGUCAUUAGUGAACCAGGAAGUUAUUACGUAGCUUCAAGCUUUACUUUGGCUGCAUAUAUACAUUCUAAGAGAAUUACUCCGAAGAAUGGUAAAAUGAUGAGAAUGUAUUACAUGAAUUGCGGUGUAUUCAAUUCCUUUAUAGAUGAACUGCUGGGCCUGCAAUCUAGAACACCGGUAUUACUUUCCGAGCCAAUAAGCAACGAAAAAUUCCUUUCAAGUAUAUGGGGGCCGACUGCCGAUUCGUGUGACGUAAUUGUCAAGGAAAUGAUGUUGCCCGAGGUUCAAAUAGGCGAUUGGUUGAUUUGGAAAGAUAUGGGCGCUUACUCUACAGCCCUUGCUACUACAUUCAACGGGUUCCCAAUUCCGAUUGUGAUACCAAUAAUUAGAAAGAGUCAAUGGAAGAAUUUUAAAGCGCAAAUUGACUCAGUGUAGCAAUUUGCUUCAUUCUUCAAAAAUCUAUCGAGCAACUUGGGAAAAAAUAUAUAAUGAGAAUAAUAGAAUAAUAUCUUAAUGAAAUAUAAAAAGC